GGAAGUGCUCGGUCCAGCUCUGUUAGUCGCCCGGGUAUCGCUCAUCAUGGCCGUGCCAGCAGGAAGAUCUGUGGUCUUCGUGACUGGAAACGCGAAAAAACUCGAAGAGGUCAUUCAGAUCCUGGGAGACACGUUUCCUUACAAACUAGUGUCAAGAAAGAUUGACUUGCCUGAGUACCAGGGUGAGCCCGAUGAGAUUUCCAUACAGAAGUGUAAGGAGGCUGUAAGAGAGAUUGAUGGGCCGGUCAUAGUGGAGGACACCUGUCUGUGUUUCACAGCUUUAGGAGGCCUGCCCGGUCCUUACAUAAAAUGGUUCCUGGAUAAACUCAACCCAGAAGGCUUGUUUAAGCUCCUAGCUGGGUUUGAGGAUAAAUCAGCGUGGGCUCUCUGCACUUUUGCUUUCUGUGCUGGUAAAGACGAACCAGUGCAGCUCUUCAGAGGGAAAACCGAGGGGCACAUUGUGGAACCCCGUGGACCUCGAGACUUCGGAUGGGAUCCAUGUUUCCAGCCAAAGGGAUAUAGCAAAACCUACGCUGAACUGCCCAAAGAAGUGAAGAAUUCAAUCUCUCACCGCUACCGGGCACUGGCUGCCAUGUCUGAGCACUUCUCUCAAACCAAGGAUACCUCACCAGAGAACAAGAAGAAGAAGGAGCAGGAGGAUUAAACAUCACUUUAGGCCAAGUUUCAAGUUUCUGCAUCAAACCUCAAAUCAUCAGAUUUGCCAAAGCAGAGGAUACUUCUUCACAUUAAGACAUUUUCUAGGGCAGAAUUGUAGAAUCUGUAGAAUAUGUUUUUCUGUGUUUUUAAUAAACCUUGCAUUCAUUUCUAAAAAAAUA